UUGGUCCUGGCAUGGGUAAACUGCGUCAGAAUUGUUUUUUCGACUCGGUUUAAGAUGAAAGUCUUGAAAGAAAGUAGCAAAUUGCACCUACAGUUGCAGUACACUAUGUCCUUACCGUCAUGUGUUUCCAGGGGAUCAAUUAGGAGACGGACUUGUAAACAUUUCAAGCAUGGUGCCACUGCCAAGUAAUCAUGACCUAGCUUUGCACAACUUGUAACUUACCCGACACGGGUUCAGGAAAUGUGAUUGAAGUCAAGUUUAGCAACAGCACAGAGCAGCGAAAAGAGGAUCAGCUCGCUGCUCUUUUCUAUCUGGUUUUCAGUGACGUUAAUGCGCACCUGUUAACUAGUUAGAUCGACAGAUGAAGAUAUGAAAUUACUCUUUCUUGCUUGCCUCAGCCCCAAAACUGGGAACCUCACCACAGCUGACAGAAUAAGGUACCACAUUGAAUCGGCAGGACACACCUGUGAGCUCAGAGAUGCAGCAGAAUUUCAGUCUCCUGCUGAAGUAACAAAACUAGUAUCCCAAAAUCCUUCAUUUGAUGGUGCACUGGCCAUUCAUCUGUUCAGAGCAGGCCGACUUCUGUUAGACAUCCAGGUACCCUUCGGGGUUAUCUUUGGUGGAACAGACAUAAAUGAAGAUGUGAAAGUUGAGCAGAAGCGUGCGGUUAUGGAGCAGGUGCUACAGAAAGCCAGGUUUGCAGUUGCAUUUACUACCAAACUGAAAGAAGAGGCUGAGAUAUUCUUGCUGUCCCAGAGCAGGAAAAUCUAUGUUCAGCCUCAAGGUAUCCAGACAGAAGUGGCAGAGAUAUUCUGCUGGACUGAAUUCUUGAGGAGCUCAGGUGUAAGCAGAGAGCGUGUGGAUCAGACACAUGUCUUCCUGUUGGUCUGUGGCCUCAGAAGAGUCAAGGACCCCCUCUAUCUGGCGGAGGUGUUUUCAGAGUGGCAUAAUGAGAAUCCCCAGAAUGUGUUGGUUAUUAUUGGGCCAAAGAUGGAUCCUGUGCUUACAGCAGAGGUUGAAGCUGUUGUCGAGAGCAGGGGUCUUCUUGGCCCAAGAGAGGAGCCAAAAGGAGCUUCAUGCUGCAAUGAAGAGGUGCUUUGCCGUGGUCAACAGCUCAGUCUCAGAGGGCAUGUCAGCAGCCAUCUUGGAGGCCAUGGAUCUUGGGAUACCCGUCGUGGCCAGGGACAUUCCAGGAAAUGCAGCUGUGGUGCAACACGGGGUUACUGGUGUGCUAUACUCUUCUCCUCAGGAAUUUGUGCAUCAGUCUCGGAGGCUGUUGUCAGAUCAUGAGCUGAGAGAGAGAGUGGUGAGGAAUGGAAAACUCUAUGUGCAAGAGCAUCAUGGCCUGAAACAAGAGAGAGAAACCUACCAGAGGCUGGUGGACACUCUGCACUGAUUCUAAGAUCACACCAUUCAACUCCACUCUGUAUACAUUCUCAGGAACUUCAGCGACAGAGAACUGGAAAUUACACCCAUGUAUUGACCUUGCAUGGGUGUAAUUAAGACUGGUAUAUUUUAAAAUAUAAUAUUUCAUGUUUUAUCUAUGCUACCAGAUUGAAAUUAUGCUUGCUUUGCACUUUUAUCCAAAGACCAGGGAUGAUUGGGAUGCAAUAAAUGAAUGAAAAACAGAAA